AUGGUUAUCUCCACACAAGCCAUAGAUUGUGGUGGAAAGAGUAUUUCAAAUACCCUAAUUGUUGAUCCACAUGGCAAAGAUAAAGCAUUUACAACGAUUCAAGAUGCCAUUAAUUCUGUGAAGAGCAACAACGAUCAAUGGGUCAAGAUUCACAUAAAAGCAGGCUCAUAUUUAGAAAAGCCUCACAUUCCCGUAGAAAAGCCAUGCAUCAUUUUAGAAGGAGAAGGAAGCCAAAACACAAUCAUAAGUUUUUCAGACCACAACGGAACAAAUGGUGGAACGGCCGAUAGUGCUACAUUCACUUCAUCGCCACCCAAUGUUAUUGUGACUGGCAUUACUUUCAGGAACCCGUAUCGUGAUGGACCAGCAUUGGCAGCAAGAAUAUAUGGAGACAAAUCUUUCCUUUAUAACUCUAGUUUUUUGGGUUAUCAAGACACUUUAUUUGACGCAAAUGGACGCCAUUAUAUAAAAAACUGUUACAUUGAAGGUGAAAUAGAUUUCAUUUUUGGUGCUGGACAAUCUUAUUACGAGGAUUGUAAGAUCAAUGCUUUGGGGAGAUAUCCAAAUUUACCAGGCUUUGUGACAGCUCAAGGACGAGACUCAGCAGAUGACCCAGGUGGUUUUGUGUUUGAAGGGGGUUCCAUUACAGGGAACGGUAAAGUGAAUUUAGGAAGAGCAUGGAGACCAUACUCCAGAGUCAUUUUUCAUAAAACCUAUUUUUCCUCCAUUAUAACUCCUCAAGGAUGGGAUGCUUGGAAUUCCCUUGGCAAAGAGAGCACGAUCACUUAUGGUGAGGUUGAGUGUGAAGGACCAGGAGCUGAUACUUCAAAGCGUGUUCCGUGGAUGAAGAAAUUAAGUUCCUCUGAGAUGGAACAAUUUUCCUUCGCAUCUUUUAUUAAUAAAGAUAGAUGGGUUGAUAAUUUACCAACAAUAUCUUAA